GGGAUGCACGUGCUCGAUAUUUCCCUGGUUUAGAGGGAAAAGUUUUGCGAUCGUCGGGAACCGCGUAGAGUAUUACAAAAUAAAAUGGAGUACUUUUCGAUGCAGUGCGUUCGUUGAUUAUGGAUGAUUGACUGUGUAUUUUGAUAAUGACGUGGAAUAGUUUGCAGUGAUUGCGGGAUGAAAGGCCAAGAAAUACAAUGGAUCAUCGGCAUUACAUUGGCAGUUGGCCUGGCGGCCAGUUCUGGUGACAAGAGGCCACAUUUCGUGGUGGAGCCACCGUCGCGGGUGCUAUGGCCCGCAACGCGAGGCGCGUACGCGGCCUGCCGUGCUUCCGGGCACCCCACACCCGAUGUCCAUUGGGUCACUGCUGAGGGACAAGUGAUAACGACUAUACCUGGUUUGAGGCAUGUCCUCACUGACGGUCGUCUGGUGGUAGGAGCGCGGCGGUCACUAGUGGAUGCCGGGGGUGGAGGCAGUAGCGCUGUUCUCCGCUGCAAGGCGUCUAACCGCGCUGGAGUGACGCUGUCUAGACCAAUGCUGUUGCAACCAGUGGAAGAUAACGUACUGUCACAUGUGGUACGCCAGCUCAUUCCGGCGAAGGCGGGAGGCUCUGUGGUGUUGCGGUGUGAAAUAUCCCCGCAGUACGGCCUAGUCGAUGUCACGUGGCUUCAGGAUGGAUUGCCUUUGUCGUCUGGUUACAUGGGGGCUGAAACGCGUUGGAUAUCGGGCGCCGGCGGGCUGUUACUUGGUCUGGACCUCACACAGGCUGACGUACAAGCGGAAUAUUCAUGCUUGGCUCUCGAUACGCUCAGUACGUCUCUGAAACUAACAACAGAUGAAAGCAGUUGGCUGGAAAAUAUUGAAAUUAGUUCAAUUGAGGCACGCACUGGGGAUACCGUUUUGCUUCCGUGUAUAUUAAGACAUAUCAAUAAGCAUACUAUCACUUGGCAGCGACAGGAAGCAAACGGCGUAUGGGUGUCAACUGGAGAGGGUGUAGUACGUGGAGGUACACUUGUGUUGCCCAGUGUACGCACCCACCACGCAGUGAGAUACGCGUGUUCCCAGGGGACGGAAACUUCACCUAGAGUGAUCGUCCGAUUGGUUGUUUUCGAGCCAUUAGCCGUCACUGUUACGCCGAAUCCAUUAAUGCUAGGUACUGGGGGAAGUGGUCAUUUCAAUUGUUCAAUACAUGGCGGAAGAGGUGGCGGGGUCACGUUAAGCUGGCAGCAUGAAGGACGCCCUUUACAUUCUCCUCAACCAAGAUUGGCGUUAGGCCCAGUUAGACCACACCAUGUUGGCCUCUAUCAAUGUACAGCUUAUGAUCAUUCUGAUUCUGCAGUCGCUGGAGCUGAACUUGCCAUAGCUGACAGACCGCCGAGAUUGGUGUCCACAUUUAGUGAAGCGAUUACGAGAAUCGGUCAAACUAUUGCAUUUAGAUGUGCUGCGAAUGGUAUUCCGUCACCCCGAAUAAUGUGGACUUUGGACGAUAGACCGUUGCCGUCUGCUCCUGAAAAGUACAGUGUAAAUACUAGAGCAGAAACCUUAACUGGGGGUGAGGAAGGAACUAUAGUUUCAACAUUAAGUAUUACAAUUAGAACUGCAGAUGAAGGCGGGAGGUAUGGUUGCAAUGCAACGAAUUCUGGUGGAUCACAUGCUCAUCACGCAAGAUUAAACGUGUUUGGUCCACCAAAUAUUAGGUAUUUACAACCAAUACAUGUGAAGACUGAUACGGAUGUAACACUACAUUGUCCUUAUUCAGGAUAUCCUAUAAAAGAAGUACUCUGGCGACGUGAGGAUGGUGCUCUAGUAGAAUCGCCAAUUGAAACUAGUGAUGAAAGAGGUAUACUGCGACUUUCUUCAAUAAGAAGUUCAAUAGCUGGGACGUAUACUUGUGAAGUGAGAGCAGAAAGUGGUGAACUAGCUCGAAGAACUGUUAGAGUGGAAGUUCAUAAACCUCCAAAAAUAGCACCUUUUCAAUUUCCCGAGGAGCUAGAAGUAGGAGGUAGCACACAAGCAACUUGUAGCUUGGUUUCUGGAGACAAACCUAUACAAUUCUCUUGGUUAAAGGACAAUUUACCAAUUCCAUCAACUUUAAAGGUAGAGCAGAAAAAUAUGGAUUUUUUUACAAUACUGGUGAUUCAGGAUUUGAAUUCGAUGCACAGCGGAGAGUAUACCUGUAAAGCAACAAAUGACUUUGGAACAGUCAGCCACAGUUCAUCUUUAAUAGUAAAAGAACCUCCAACUUGGGUAUGGCGACCACAGAAUACAUCAGUGUCAGCGGGAGCAGCAGUUCUUCUCCCGUGCUCAGCUAAAGGACAACCAAUGCCAAGGAUAUCUUGGGAGUUUUCAUCAGAAGGAGAAAAUUGGCGUCACAUUCUUUGGGGCCAAUCAGAUUCUGCAGAUGCUAGUGAAGGAUCAAUUUUGUCUGAUGGCACAGUUUGGCUAAGAGCAGCUACUCCAGAACAUGAAGGCUGGUACCGAUGCACUGCGCGUGUCCAGCACUCUUUUCUUCAUCAUUCUUUCUAUUUAGAUGUCAGAGAACCUCCAAAACUCACGAGGGGAGGAGGUGCUGGAGAGACCCGAUGGGUAGUUCGUGGAUCAACAGCACGUCUCACUUGUAGUGUGCGAGGAGAACCAGAAAUUCAUAUACAUUGGACUCACGAUGCGAGACCAUUAGCUUUGCAUGGUUCAGGUGGCGUGGAAAUGAGAGAUUUAGGAAAUGGGGCCAUGACAUCGGAGAUAACGAUAACUCAUGCUGGCCCGGAGCAUGCAGGCGACUAUCGGUGCAUGGCGAGAAACCUUUAUGGCACUGACGAGUUAUUGUUCCGGCUAUUUGUCAAAGAACGUCCAAGUACGCCAGAGGAAGUCCGAAUAUCAGAGGUGUGGUCACGAAAAGCGCGGGUCACUUGGAGACUAGCGCGAGGAGCGUUUGUCUCACACUAUUCACUGCAAUAUCGCGCUCUCACACGCGACCUCACUAACGCUCCGCUCAACGCCCCGCUGCCCGCUCUGCUUGACACGUGGGACACACCCGAAGUGCUCAAUAUCACGCUCGCCAACUCUGAUUUACUACAUGUAGCGACUGAAGGACCGAGCCGGGCGGGCGCAUCUGUGGCCGGAUUAUCUCCGGACACCCGAUAUGUGCUUAGACUGGCCGCUUUUAACGACGUCGGCGCCUCCCCUUACACACCACCUCUGCACUUCACCACAAGGGAGGAAGCGCCCGGAGGAGUGCCCCGUGACAUCACAGUGCGAGCUCUCCGUGCACGAGAACUUCAAGUUACGUGGCAGCCUCCUCCAAGAGAGACAUGGCAUGGGACUCUCCUAGGCUACACAAUCCGUUGGUGGGAAGCCUCCGAAGAAGGAAAGGGGGCGACAGAGGCGGGUUCGGAAAGCGGAGCCAGUGCGGAUGCCACAAGCACAACACUUAGAGGUCUGAAAGCGGCCACGCGUUACGGAGUCACUGUAAGGACUUACAAUGCUGCUGGCACAGGGCCUUUAUCACCGCCACAUUAUCGACACACGCUGGAAUCACCGCCAUCAGGUGGACCUGAAGAUCUUUCAUGUACGUCCAGCAGCUCUUCAUCACUCCGCGUAUCAUGGCGACCACCUAACCCAGAUGCUAGGGGAGGGCAAAUAACACAUUAUACAUUGCAAUAUACAAGACGAGAUACAGAUCCCUUGCAGCCUACCCAAGAUGCACAUUUGAGAGUUCAGGGUGAGGAAGCUACAGUAUCCCGUUUGACAUCAUACGCAGAGUACGAAAUAAGAGUGCGAGCUCACAAUGCAGCCGGAGAUGGUCCUUUGUCCGCGCCUCAAGUUUGCAAAACGGAUGAAGAUGUACCGAGCGCACCAGGUGGCAUGAAAUUGAUUGCCCUCAGUGAGCGGUCACUGAGAGCUUCCUGGCUACCGCCUCUGGAGCCUAAUGGAAGGCUCACGCAUUAUUCCCUCUACGUAAAGGACCUGUCUGGAUCACAUGAACCCAACGUUACUCGAGUCAAUGCAUGCACGGACGGUGAAGGUACAGUGGAGUGUAUGAGACCUUUACGUGGACUUCGAGCUGGAAGAACUUACGAAGCUUGGGUUCGAGCUGCUACUAAUGAAGGAGAAGGUCCGCCGUCUGCUGUUGUAGCGUGUCAAACAAGUGCAUUGGCACCAGCUAGAAUUUCUUCGUUUGGUGGCAUUGCCGUCGGAGCUGCCGGUGGAUCAUUGUCUCUCAGAUGUGUAGUAGGAGGCGUACCACCACCAGCUAAAAGAUGGUUAAGAGCAGGAAACCAACUACACCCUAGAUCACCAUUUCAUUUAGAUGGUGACGCUUUGCUAAUAAGAAGUUUGGAAUUAUCACAUGCGGACAACUAUACAUGUGUAGCUGAAAAUCCACAUGGCUCAGAUUCCGUGACAUGGCGCGUUUAUGUGUUAAGACCUCCUAUACCUCCAGGAUUAGCAUUAGUUGAAGCCAGAUCUCGGGAAUUGGAAUUAGAACUACGACAAGCUCCGAGAGCUCAAGGUCAUGCUUUGCCAAAGGCGUACACUUUGCAUUGGAGAUUAGCUGCACCAGAAGGUGAAUGGCGAAUACAAUCUGCAAGUCCGGGACCAGUUAUAUUAACUGGUCUUAGAUGUGGAUCUGCAUAUAGAGCAUAUGGAUCUGCUGGUGGAGCUCCAGGUGCUGAAAUAUCUAUACGAACAUCUGGGGGGCCCCCCACUGCCCCACCAGAUACAAGGUGGAUCAGAGCAAAUGCAACUCAUGCUAGAUUCGAUACUAGUAUGUGGUCUGAUGGGGGAUGUGGACCGGUUGCAUUGAAAAUCGAGUGGGGAGGCACCGGAGUGAGUGGUGCUCGAGAUGUGCCUGUUGGGGGUGAAGUUAUUUUAGGUGGUUUAUCACCAGGAACAAGAUACCGUGUAGCAGCUCGUGCGUCAAACGAGGCUGGUUGGACGCGGGAAAUUUACGAAUUUAUGACAACACCAUCUGAGGGAAGUUAUGCCGAGGAAGUCGACGCUCCUUUCCCGGCCACUGCGGGAGAACUCGCCCUAUUGUUGGCGCUAUGUGCUGCUUUAUCACUUGCAGCGCUGACUAUACUUGCUAUUCUUUUGAGAAGAAAAAGAACCGACGGAGCUGUAGCUCGCGUGAUGGCUAACAACGACAAGCCUGGUUGCGGGACAUACCGACCGCCACCCCAUCCUACACCGAAACUACCUCCAGAUCCACCAGAUGUAUACGAAAUAAGCCCAUACGCAACAUUCGCGGGUGGCGAUCAGCUGGGCGUGGGCAGCGGAUCGCGCGCUUACACCUUACAACUCCGCGCUCUGGCGAGGCAUGAGGACGACGCCGCACCGCCCUCCCAUCCGCCUUGUUGUGACGAAGAAACGUGCGUGGAUGCUUGCGAAGCUCAGCGUCGCAGACGACGACGAAGGCAUUACUGCCCAGAUCAUGGUUGCUCACAAGACUCAGGGAGUUGAGGAAACACUGCCAAAUUGUUUAGUGAAAAUAAU